UAUGGAUUCGAGUCAUGACUCAUGGUAUGUGAAGUGCAGUGUCGCAUACCUGCUCGACAAUGGGAGAGGCGGUGACGACUGUACUGAUCCUUUGCUCCUGCGGACCUUUCCUUUCUUUCAUUUCUCAAUCCUCAUCCUUCCUUCAUUCCUUCCGUUCCUUCCCCCACUUUCUCCCACUGAGAUAUUUAGAGGAGUUUGAUUGAUUGACCGGGCUAACAGAGCAUGGAAGCUAUGAACAGAGCAGAUGCCGAGACUGGCUCACCGGCUGGAGGAUCUAUGCUGCAGCUGUCUAAGGGCAGCGGAGAAGAAAUGAGUGUGAGUGUGAUAAACGACGGUUUCUCGCUCUCUAGUGUUGAGCUGAGAUUUCUUGUUAGUCGUGAUUGAUUGAUUCCGGUACUGGGUUUUGCCUCUUGGAACAUUGUGGCUCUACCGAUCAUUCGAACUGAAGUCCUUUCAAUGGCGAAACACAGAGCGGGAGUUCCAUGAGACCGAACCGAUGCCGAUGGAAUGGACAGAUGAGAAGCACAAUUUGUAUCUUAAAUCCAUGGAAGCCUCCUUCAUGAACCAGUUACAUGAUUCUAUGAAUUUGCUCAGCGAGCGGUUUAAAAACUAUAACUUGUCCAAUAUCGAUUCAAGCCUAUUACGUAGCAACACUGAUUCGCCUUCUGGCCAGUUCAAAGUUCACCAAGACGGCAACUGGAAGAAGCUCAGUUUCAAGAGGCCUGCUGCUGAUGUUUCAUCUGAUGAGCUCCUGGCAAGUCCAUGGAUUCAACACUUCAGGCCCGUUUCCAAGUUGUCGGGAAUGGAACAUGACAAUGGUCGUAGAAUUGCUGCAUCCACAGGUCAGGUGAGUGUGAAGGGUGCCAUCUCGUCAGCAUCAACCAGAAUUGUGAAACCGGUUCUUCUUUGUCAGUCUCAAUUGCGCCAUCAAGCUGUUGGCAGCAACACAGAGGUUUCAGAUCAGAACUUUGCCUGCGAUGAUGGCGAAGAAGAAACCUGAAGAGCCAUAUGCAGGGCACAGGGAGCAUUAUCAAGCCGUGAUCAGUCUUGCUAGGUUGCUCGUUAUGGAAACCGUCCUUUAACUAGAGACAUCGGGAGGGCUACUGGCGUACUCGUUUCCAAAUAAAGAAAUUCAUGCUCAACGGCAGGCAUAAAUAACAAGCUACCGAUUAUACGUUCUGAUACAGGCAACUAACAAAAGCUAGACUGCUCAGACUCAAGACUGUUCCACAUGCCAGUGCCAUUUCCACAGUUUUGAUAGCUACACGUAGUCGCCAAAAAUAACGCCGCUGCCUCGGAAGUACAGUAUGAGCCGUGUUUCCUUGAGCUAAUAACGAGAUUUCUUGCUUCUUUUGCAACGUUGUACUAUGGGCUUUUCAUAUAUCAAGGUCUAUGGAGGUUCAUCUUGUUUUCGAUUU